CUCCCAACCGCUUCCCUCCAUUCCACGGUCCACCCCGCUGCCCACACCGUAGCCCACCGCAAUGGCCAAGACCAGGUCGUCGCCGGCGCCGGCGCCGCCCCGCCCCUCUGCCGCGGCCGCUCCCCAAGCCAGGAUCUCCUUCCGCUCCCGCAAAAUCGUCAAGACGCCACCCGCGAAAGCGAAAUCCCUCGCCGCGCCCACCGUGCAACCACCGCCGGUACUGCUGCCCGCGCUGUCGGCCCCGGGCGAGCUCGCGGCGGCGCUCCGCCACCUCGCGGCCGCCGACCCGCUCCUCUCCGCGGUGAUAUCCUCCACCGAACCCCCCAUCGCCACCUUCACCACCUCAUCCCCGUCCCUCCCCGCCUUCCACUCCCUCGCGCGCUCCAUCCUCUACCAGCAGCUCGCCACCUCCGCGGCCGCCGCCAUCUACGCCCGCUUCCUCGCCCUCCUCCCGUCCCCCACGGCGAGCCCCGCCUCCGUGCUCGCCCUCGCCGCCGCCGACCUCCGCGCCAUCGGCGUCUCCGCCCGCAAGGCCGCCUACCUCCACGACCUCGCCGCCAGGUUCGCCUCCGGGGACCUCUCCGAGCCCGCCGUCGCCGCCAUGGACGAGACCGCGCUCCUCGCUCAGCUCACCAAGGUCAAGGGCGUCGGCGAGUGGACCGUCCACAUGUUCAUGAUCUUCUCCCUGCACCGCCCUGACGUGCUGCCGUCCGGCGACCUCGGCGUGCGCAAGGGCGUGCAGGAGCUGUACAAUCUCAAGUCUCUGCCCAGGCCGGAGGAGAUGGCUGUAUUGUGCGAGCGGUGGCGCCCGUACCGGUCCGUCGGCACGUGGUACAUGUGGCGCCUCAUGGAGAGCAAGGGCGCCGCAGCCAAGAAGGUGAAGAAGAAGAGCAAUGCGAGCUCCUAGCUAGGUAUGUGUAAUAAUCCGUGCGAUGGUAGUCUGUAUUUGUUGUGCUCAAGCUGUUUAAUUUAGAUGACAAUGUGGUAGCUGCUGCCCAGAUUUGUGAAGCAUGAUGUGACCUGUGUGUUUGUUUGUGUAUGCACACAAUAUGAAUGUUUGUAUCUUGAUUGUACUUGACCUGCCUUUGUUGUCAAUAUAGUUUAAUUUCAUCCUCU